AUUUGUUGAACAAGUUGAUAUUCGUUUUUAUUUGCGCUAUACAAUUUUUUUACAUAUUUGUGGAAAUCAUUUUGUGAUAACUAAUAAUUAAAGAUGCUGAUUACCUCCUCCCUUCUCUUAGAUUUGGUAUUGGUUCUUCUAGUAAGCAUAUACCUUCUCUUUAGAUAUACGUCUAAAAAACAGAAAUAUUUUGAAAAAAAAGGGGUCUAUACACCAAAGGUUCAACCCAUUUUUGGUCAUUUUCGAGACAUCGUAUUAUUGAGAACAACCUUAGCAGAAUGGCUAAAGUAUUAUUACGACCACAUAGAUAAGCCAUUUUUCGGAUUAUACGUUUUUGAUGAUCCAUAUUUUGUAAUUAAGGAUGCUGAGAUUGUUAAAAGUAUAUUGGUUAAGGAUUUCAAUAAUUUUGUUGAUCGAAAUGUUGCUGCUCCUGAUCAUACUCCUCUCACACGGAACAUGAUGUUUUUACAAAAAAGUCCUGCAUGGAAAAAUGACAGAUCCAAGGUGACGGUUGCGUUUUCAUCCGGUAAAAUAAAGGGAAUGUUUCCAUUACUCAAAAAAACUGUGCGCGAUAUGACCAGUUUUUUACAGAAAAACAGAAAAGUUAUGGAAGCAAAAGAUUUUGCUGCGAGAUUUAGUACUGACAUCAUAUCUCAAUGUGCUUUUGGUAUUGAUUCUCAUUGUUUUGAUGAGAGGCCUUCUUUAUUCAGAAAUUAUGGUAGAAAGUGCUUCGAGUUUUCUCUGAGAAAUGCUUUUGCCCAAACCAUAUAUUUUUUCAAACCAAGAUGGGCUGAACGAAUGAAAUUAGAAUUUAUGCCCAAAGACGCAAUGACUUAUUUUGCUGAUGCGUUUACCAAAACUAUGAAAUCUCGUACAAAUAGCUCAACUUUCAAUGAUUUAAUUGAUAUCCUUAACGACUUAAAAGAGAAAAAAGAGUUAAGUCAAGAAGAUGAUGAUCUGUGUUCUGGUAUAUCCAUACAAUUUUUCAUUGCUGGAUAUGAAACAACUAGCAGCGCAAUUUCUUUUACUCUCUAUGAGUUAGCUAAACAACCAGAUAUUCAAGAAAAGUUAAGAGAAGAAAUAAAGUCAGUUGUAAAAAAGCAUGGCGAUCUUUCUUACGAAGCUGUUCAUGACAUGCCGUUUUUGGAGAUGUGCCUUCUCGAAACAUUAAGAAUGUAUCCGGUACUUCCAUUUUUGGAACGGAAAUGCAACGCUGAUUAUACCAUACCAAAUACGAAUGUGGUAAUAGAGAGUGGAACUUGUGUACUAUUUCCAAUUUAUGGUCUACAAAUGGAUGAAAAUAUUUUUCCAAAUCCAUUCUCUUACACACCAGAAAGAUUUAAGGAAAACUAUUAUAACUUACGUGGUUCAUAUUUUCUUCCUUUUGGAGAAGGCCCUCGAGGAUGUAUAGGGGAACGAUUUGGAAAACUUAGCGCUAAGGUGGCUAUCAUCACGGUUUUAUUAAAUAGUAGAGUGACACUUUGUAAGGAAUCACCGAAUCCUGUUCGAUUCGAACCUAAAAGUUUCCUGUUACAGUCUACUGUUGGCUUACCAAUAAUGUUUAAUCCCAUAUAAUUCAAGCUGUGGUUAAAAUUUGUUUAUUUUUUAAUUUCAGAUUUUAAAUCUUUAAUUGCAUGUUUAUGUGUAUUGUAGAAAUUCAGAAAUCCGUAUUCUAAAAAUAUUUAAUAAUAAUAAAAUUAUUUAUAUCACAUGUAAAUAAUUUAUAAUAUAUAAUAAAUUAAGAGAGAUAUUGCUUAAAUAUCUUUCUUAUAAAACUUCAAAAUUCAA